AGUAUAUCUAACUUCGAACUUGAGUGCAUCAACAUCAAACUUUGGACGUUUUUCAUCGAAAUCUAAGUGUUGAAUUUCGAACCUUGAACUCUGGACUUCUAUCAACUGUUUUGUUUAUUUUUAUAUGAACAACCACCAGUGAUAUUUUCAGUAUUGUUAUGUUUACAAUGUAUGUGUAUUCAGUGACAUUCCGUCACCUUUGGGGGGAUGGGAUGUCAUGACAUGUUGAAGUAUAUGUGUAUUUUUAAAUUGUGCGCUUGCGCGUGUCCUUGUACGUAGACUAGUUAGAACAACACGAGUUCGUAAAAUAACAGCAGUUUGCUUCAUUCGAUUGAUCACAAGAUUUCCUUAGUUUUCACGCUUAUGCUAUGCAAGGUAUGUUGAGAUUUGCUCAAAAACUUUUGUAGAUUUAAUGAGAAUGUGUUGUUUAUUAAUAUCUUUGUAUUCCUCUUUUAAAUACCUUGUUGAAGAGAUUUAGGUUUAGAUUAUACUUUGAAAAUCCAUCACACUUUCCAACGAAGGACCUUGCGUAUCUUGAAUACACGCGGAAGUUCUCUGCGGUCGAUAUCUUCAAAAUAUUGUCUUGUGACACGCAAUUCUUAAGAUGUACUCAUGAUUAUGACUCUACGAAUUUAGAGUAUUUUCUUAAAUCCAAGUUUGUAGGAUUUAUUGUUGUUUAACAUAUUUACAAGCCAGUUAAGUUAUGCACUAUUUUUCCUACUCAUUUGGUGUGGUAUGGUCACAAACUUACGUGCGAGUUGGCUCGCAGAUUGAUAUUUCCAGGAAUUUUGGUGUGAUCCGCCGCCCGGAGUUUACACGUGUUAUAGCAGGGUUUCAUGACGUUAUUGUUUAUCUUUCAGUAGUAUUGAUAGUUAAUGUUGUCUUACAGUUAAUUCUUGUUGAUAGUUAAUGUUGUCUUACAGUUAAUUCUUGUUACUUAGAACUGAUGUCUUUAAAAUUACAUUGCUUACACAAAAUUCGUGAAAUAAUAAUUCAAUCACCACUAAUAUUGAUAAUUGUUUUUCAAGUGAAUUUUAUUGAUUUAGAAGGGAAACAAAACAAUAGGAAUUUUCUGUUACAGUUUUAGAGAUUUAAAUGAUUAAAUCUAUACCUUUUGUUAUUUUGAAGACAAAUAUAUUUUCACAGAUGUUUGUUGCUAGAUAAUUAUGAUAUCUUAUCAUAUAGGGUAGAUUUGUUGGAAUUGGGAAACAAUGAUAUUAAGACUGAAUUAGGAAAGUUUCAUUAAUUCUCUCUUAUUACUUUCAGUUAAAUUCUACCUUUGACAGCAAAAUGGUUAAAGGGCAUGAUUGAUUAUUCCUUAUGUCUUUAAUGAAUUUUUUGGGAAAGAAUGAUGAUACAUGUACAGAAAUGCUUUCUUUACUAAGAUAUGUUUAUCCUUUAUUGUUUAUUUACAGGAAUCUCACACAGUUGUUGAAUAACUGAACACUACAAUGUUAUUAGACAUAAUCUAAUAAAUGGGAGCAUAUAGUUCACAGACGCCUUCCUUGUAGUUCAUUGCAACAACAUGUCAGAACUUACGAAUUCGUGACAAUACAUGUACCGUAUUUGCCGGCGUAAAGGCCUGAGUAUUUUCGGAAGAGAAAAUAUCAAAAAGUCUGGGUGCGGCAUAUGCGCAACAACAGUAUAAAAAAAAUCAGCAGUCAAAACAUCACAUAUUCGUACAUAUGGGACAACAAUUAUGACUACCAGUUAAUGUACAAUGGUACCAACUAUUAACAUAUACAGUACAUGUAAUAUUACUUGCAUAAUUUAUAUUCUUAAUUUGCAGGCCGAGCUGUCAUUACACAAAUAGGCAGGGUUAAAGGAGAAUUUCUCCUUUGCUAUAUUGGGGAGCUUAUAACAGGAGAGGAAGGAGAUGGGAGGGAGGCAAUGGAACAGACUGGAUUCCGCUAUUUCUUCAAGUGGAUAAACCCCAUGACAAAUAAAAGAAUCGCACUUUGUGUCGAUGCUACAGAUGAGCCUGAUCCCAAGUCCAAGUGCCAACUUGGAAGACUUGUCAAUCAUAGCAAAGGAAAGGAACAAAACAGCAAAAUGACAGCUAAAACGGUAGACGGAAAACCUGUUCUCUGCCUGUAUGCUAUGAAAGACAUUCCAGCCAAGUCUGAAAUCUUAUAUGACUAUGGGCUUCCACAGGGACACAAUUGGAAUACACCAUAUUAUUCUCAACUAAUCGGAAGAAUGCAAGAAGACUUACAGAAACAUACAGACACCCCAAAAGUACAAGUAGAUGGCGAACAAGAGCAAGACAAAUUGAAAGGUAUGUAUAUAUAGAAUAGUAAAAACUGUCCCUGUGUCAUAUUCUCAGGUUUCUCCUUUUGGAUAAAAAUAUUAUUAUAGACUAAAUACUUCAGAGGCCGUGUCCUGACAGCAACUUAUAGAUAUUAUGAUAUCAAAGUAAAUAUCUUGGAGAAAAUAUUGUAAACACUGGUUUAACCCUAAAAGGGCCGGGGUAUUUUGGUCACCUAGCUCACAGCCGGGGGGCACUCAUGUAUAAAGUCAGACGGGUAUGUACCGCUUAAAAGACCCCCUUUUUCCCAAUGAAGAGGGUUUUCAUAGGCCUGUGGUAGCUCCAAAGUCCAUGUAUUUUGUGUUAUUAGUCUGCUUCCUGGACCCCCUAAACUCCCAUUUCAGGGAUUUUUAAAGUUCCUGUGCAUAUAGUCGGCUCUUAAGACCCCCAUUCAAGGGUGUCGUGGGGCACACCGACGUCAAAAAAUAAUUUAAGUGCCCCCCCCCCCAGGGUGGUUGGGGGGGGGGGGGAAAUCCACUUUACCAAUUUAAUCAAUCAACUUAACCAAUCAAGAAUUUGUAUAGAUUUCAUGUAUUACCAAUUAAUUAUUCGCCAUAUGGAGUGGGCUUGCAACGAACAGUCACAUAUCACGUGUCACGCUCACGUUUUGCGCUGUUUCGUGCUGUUUUGUAAAAUAGGUGACUCUAAUUUACAUUGUAGGGCCUACCCUUCGUUGUUUUCCACACCGGUAAAACACGAAUGAUCAUGUACGUCUACCAAAACAUGACGUGAGUGUUAAUCAAUAUUUUAAAAAUUGCAAGCGCUUGUUACUAAGAUUAUAGUCAUGACGUCACCGUAAUAUGUAUGAUUUGUGUAUGUACGUACGUAAAGUAUACGUAUCGCCUGCGCCUAGCUAGCUGACAACGCGUCGCAACGAUAUUGACGAGGACGAGGCCGGCACGGUUCGACGAUGUGGCGAUCGAGGCUAGCCAUGCAGCGCUCAGUGAGCCGCAGAUUAACGAUGAUACAAAAAUGAGUCGAGUGAGACAGAGUGAGAGUAAGACAUGGUGACGAUGGCCUGGCCUAGUGUUUCCGAAAAGGCAGGCCUGCUUAUAGCCUGCCGCAAGCCUGCAUAUAGCUGCUAAAAAGCAGGUUAAUUCCUAAUUAGCAAGCAAUGACCUGCAAAAACGCUGAAAUAUGCAAAUUAGGCAGGCUUAAUUUAGCUUGUACAUUUUAAAAGCAGGCUUAUUUUAGCCUGCUUAUAUAAAGAGCCUGCAAAAUAAUUUUAACCUGCUCAAUUAGCCUGCUUUGUUAGACUGCCUAUAUCUUUAGUCUGCACUAACCUGCAAAAACGCUGAAUUAUGUAAAUUAGGCAGGCUAAUCUUAACAUGCUAAUCUAAAAGGCAGGCUAACAUAAAUGAAGGUGAUUGAUCGCCAUCACUUAUCAGUACUGGUGUUCUAUUGGUAAAUCGAUCUGGGUAGAAGAUCUAAUGAUAAAGUGAUACUUCAUAAUUAAUAUCCCAGGUCGAAAAUCCCAUAGAGACCAAUAGAGACCAUUAGAAAAAUUAUAUUGGUCUCUAAUGGUUUCUGUUGGACCCAUAGAAUUGAAUCCAAUAUAGACCAUUCAAACGAUCAGAAACCAAUAGAAACCAAUAGCACCCAUAGAAACCAAUAG